CUCGUGGGUUAUCAUGGAAAUAAGUAUAACGAUAAUGAUGCCAUUUCAUAUGGACCAAAAUUUAUGACUGGUGAUACUAUUGGAUGCUGUUUAAACUUUAGAAAUAGCACGAUAUUUUAUACCAGAAAUGGAGUGAAUCUAGAUAUUGCAUUCCAAGAUAUAAGAGAUUCUUUGUAUCCUUGUGUUAGGAUGAUGUCACCAGGUGGAUCUAUAGGAGCAAACUUUGGCUAUAGAGAGUUGAAUAAUUGGGCAGAAAUACUUAAUCCAUACAAUGAUAAAUUAAUAAAUUUACAGAUUAAUAAAUUUUCAGAUUUAGUACAAUCAUCAGAAACUGAACAAAAUAUUAAGCUACUAAAAUACUGA